UAUCUGUACGCUUUGACAGCUGCACAGAGCAAGGUGCUUUAUGGGAAAGCGCCCGAGACGAUGUUCACACCGAUACACAAUUUUCUGUUCAUAUUAGCCUACCCAAGCCAAGUAACGAAAAUCUCUAGAACCCACCAAAAGUCUUAAAUCCCAUAAAAAUUCAUUCAAAUGGUUUGAAAUUGAAGCUACCUAAUAUUUGAAAAUCCUGAAAUGAGACCAUUUCAAUCUCUUCUGAUUCAGAUUCUACUGAUUCUAGCUGGUUUUUCAAGUGUUUGGUCCUCUUCAGACUACACCGAUUUGGUUUACAAAGGCUGUGCGAAUCAAGAUUUUCAGGAUUUCAAUGGGAUAUACAAGCAAACACUUCAAAAUCUAUUCGACACACUAAUCUCUCAAGCGUCCACCGCAAAAUUCUAUAAAACCACCGCCGGAGACGGCCCAUCCGCCAUUAAUGGACUCUUCCAAUGCAGAGGCGACCUCUCAAAUUUUGACUGUGUGAACUGCGUGAAAAAAGCCCCUGAAAUGUCCGAAAAGCUUUGUGGCCACUCCAUUGCUUCUAGAAUCCAGCUAAACGGGUGUUAUUUGAGAUAUGAGAUUGCUGGGUUUAGGCAAGUGAGUGCGACUGAGUUGCUAUACAAGGUUUGCGGUUCAACUCAGGCGAGUGGCGCCGGGUUUGAUGACAGGUUGAACUCGGCCUUAGGGGAAAUAGUCAAAGGUGUUGGGAGUGGAAAUAGUGGAUAUUAUGCUGGUGGAUAUGAGUCCGUGUAUGUGCUGGGCCAAUGUGAAGGUGAUUUAAGCAGUGGGGACUGUGUGAACUGUGUGAAAAAUGCAAUUGAUAAAGCUAAAUCUGAAUGUGGGUCUUCAAUUUCUGCCCAAAUUUAUCUUCAAGAAUGCUAUAUUAGCUACACUUAUUAUCCCAGUGGAGUUCCUGCCAAUACCAGCCCAUCAUUUACAUCAGGGAGUGUGGGGACAAGGAAGAAUACACAGAAGACAGUGGCUAUUGUUCUUGGAGGAAUUGUGGGACUAGGCCUGGGAAUUGCUUGCUUGUUGUUUGCCAAAUCAACUUUGACGAAAAAGAGUAAUACUUACAAGUAUGGUGGAUGAGAUAUUUCAAAGUUAGAAAGCAUUAUAUUGUGGAUUGUAAAGAGGAGAAGAUUUGGUUUCCACUUUGUUAGGCAUUACUUCCUUCCUAAGUUUUGUUUUUUCUUUAAUCCCUUUACGAACUAAAUUAAAAGAGCUGUCUAUUUCAUAGAAUUGUGUUAGUUUUUAGUGUAUGAUUGUUGCUUUAUGAAUGUAAAUUCCACAAUUCAUAUAAUAUGUAAUUCCUUUUUAUUAAAGUAA